AUGGAGCAAAGCAGGAGAAGUAUCAUCUGGAGCUAUUCAAAAGGCAGCAACACAGCCCAGAGAAUUUGGGCAGAAGCAAAACUUCAAAUUCAGAGUGGGGUACCUGUCAACAUAAAAGGCAGAGUUAAAGGAUAUGAGCACAAAGAUAAAUUCCAACUUGAUGCUGCCAAGGUAAGAGAGCUGUCAAUUCUUGAGAGAUCUAACAUCCGUAAGCUUGCUUAUAAACUUGAUGUAAGCAAGAGCACAGUUGGUAGGUUUGUGAAAGAAUACCAACUAAGGCCACACACAAAUGCCAUAAAGCCUAUACUUACUUCUUCAAACAAAGUUGUCAGAAUGAGAUGGAGUCUAAGCCAUAUCCAACCACUCAUAGCCAAUGGUAUGCUAAAAUAUCACCCAAUGCACAAUGUGCUGAACAUAGAUGAAAAAUGGUUUUACAUGGCUAAGACUUCAGAUAGGUACUACCUCCUGCCCGGUGAAACUGAGCCAUACAGAGCAUGUAAGUCAAAGAGGUUCAUCACAAAGGUAAUGUUUAUGUGUGCUGUGUGUAGGCCACAUAUUGCAAAAAAUGGGGAAGUCAUUUUUGAUGGAAAAAUAUGCAUAUUUCCAUUCACAACUAUGGAGCCAGCAAAGAGGAAGUCCAAGAACAGACCAAGAGGCACUCUGGAGAUAAAGCCAAUUCAAUCAGUUAACAAGGCAUAUAGUAACAGAUCAUAUGUGUAG